AUGCAUUUUUUCGGUAUAGGAAGAGUAAUGUUCAGUAUUAGAGAAAAUAUCAAAUAUUACAAAAAUUUGAAGGAAUAAAACAGUAUUUGUUAUAUAUUGUGAGGAAUAUAAUACGAUAAUACAUUAUUAUAUAGAGAAGUUUACAUGCAACAAUUAUGAGUAAGGAUAAUAUGAAGUUUAUUCCAACGUUUGUUCAAACAAGUGGGACGAUGAGUUACACUUCAAAAUUAAAAUUUCAAAAUUAUGAACUCAAUUGGAAGAUAGAAGAUUUUGAAUUGAUCUGCAAGACAGUUAAAAUAAUUCAGUCACCUAAAUUUCUAUCAGAAAGUUUAACCAAUUGCCAAUGGUGUUUAGAGUUACAGCCUACGGAAUUGACGGAGAACAAUAAAAAUGAGUUUCACAUUUAUUUAAAAAACACCAUUGGUAGUAAUGUAUACAUCAAUGCUGAAAUUUCCUUUUUCGACCAUGAAACUAAACUUCAAUCAUUUGUAGCCGACUAUAUAUUAAUGAGAUACAACAAUCUUCACUGGACUAAGACUGCAUCUGAAUUUCGAAAAAUUUUUGGCAAAACUAUUCCAAAAGAUGUUCUUCUCAAAUGCAAACUUAGAGUUUUUGAUUCACUAACAACGAUUGAAGAAGAACCGCCAAGUAAACGCAGAAAGUGUAACGAUCCAAUGGAAAAUAUGAAAAGUUUACUCGGUAAUGAAACUUUCAAAGAUGUUAAGUUCAAAGUAGCGAAUAGGGAAUUCACAGCCCAUAAAGCGAUACUCACCAUUCAAAGUCCCGUCUUCGCUGCGAUGUUCAACAGCAAAAUGAGUGAAGAGCUAACGUCGAUUGUUCAAAUAAAGGACAUAAAGCCGACAAUAUUUCAACAAAUGCUGAAUUUUAUCUACAAUGUCGAAAUUAAAGACUUGGACAAAGUGGCACUGGAAUUAUUUUACGCGGCCGAAAAAUACCAACUGGAAGAAUUGAAGACCAACUGCAUCAACAAUUUACACAAAAAUCUAUCUGCAAAAACAGUUAUCGAUACUCUUAAAAUGGCCGAUUUACAUUCACUCUCUGAGUUAAAGACCGAAUGUCUAAAACUAUUAUUAAAAGAAUGGGAUAUAAUUAGUGAGAAAAAAGAAUUGAAAAGUCUAAUUCAAAAUCGAGCGUAUUUAACAAUUGAAAUUGUGAACAUGCGUAAAAAAUUAGAUAAAGAAGUAAAUGCAGAAAGCAACAAGUCUCUAAAUUUGCCUUUCACUUUCCGUGAAUAAAGUUUGUUUUUAAUUACUUUUAAUAUAUAUUUUUUCGUCGUUUUGAGUGUUAUAAACACAAAAAUAUAUAAAUAUUUUAUUGCAAUAAAAAUCCAAUGAAUAUUAGAACAAGAAUUACUAUCAAUUCUUAAAGUCUUCGUGAAAUCAAAAAUAUGUGAUAUUUCUUCAAGUAUUAAUGGUAUUAAUAAUAAUUGUUGAGUCUUGAAAAUCGUAAAACGUAAAUCGUAAAUCGUACGAUUUACAUGAGAGUAAAUGAAAGAAACAUUUCUUUUCUAUCUCACCAAGUAAAAUUCACGAUUUACAUCUUACGAUUUUCAUUGUACUUUGGUACAUUACUUUAACGUUUUGUUUACUCUUUUUCAAAUUAAGAGUUAUUUAAUACAUAUUGCUUAAAUUAAAGAAAUAUUUUUUUAAAACAAGAUUGUGAUUUAAGCUACUUUGUUGUCUUGUAAGAAGUCAAAUAAAUUCUGUAAACUGAGAGAAAUAAAAAACUAUUUCUAUUGAAA